UAUACACUCGGAGAAGAGCGUUCGCCCUAGUCAGUCGCAGUCAGGAACUAGCGCUUGUGAGUUCAUCCAAUCUUACCAGGAACACACUGGUGAAACCCGGUAACGUGUAAGGUCUCUACGAUCACAAAUGGCGAAGAAAGAACAACCCGCUGUCGUCGAGUGCGCACAGCAGUUGCGCAGAGUUGGAGAUCUGCUCGACUGGAAAUACAAGUUGCUGGAGCUCAUAAUAACACUCCAGAAACAACAGAAGGACGGCAAAAGCUGAAAAAGACUCCUUUUGUGGAUACGGAACCAAUGUGGACCCAACACCCAAAAA